GCGCGUGCGCGGUAGUCGCCAUGAGCAGACUGAGUGCUGGGCAAAGUGGCAGCUCAGGCGAGCGCACACACACUUCAUCAUUCAGUGGUACUGUGCGAGACCGGACACACAACGCACCGACGCUCCGCUGAUACUGGAUUAACCAAGCCUGAUUGUAAAAGAAUUGAACAAGAAAGUGGGACAAAGUUAUGGAUGAAAGAAUACCUAGAAUGCAGGGCAGACAGUUCCUGGAUCACGCGGAUUUCUUGGGGGUUGAAUAUUCGUCCCUCUACAUGUGUAAAUCCAAAAGAGGGAUGAAGAGAGAGGAAGGAAAGGACGCGUACAAGUUACCACACAGACUGAUCGAGAAAAAGAGGAGGGACCGAAUAAAUGAAUGUAUUGGGCAGCUGAAAGAUUUAUUACCCGAACAUCUCAAACUUACGACUCUUGGUCACUUGGAAAAAGCGGUAGUUCUUGAGUUGACGCUGAAGCAUUUGAACGCUUUGACAGCUGUCACAGAACAACAGCACCAGAAGAUCAUCGCUUUGCAGAACGGUGAGCGAUCGUUAAAGUCCUCCCUCCAGGUUGACUUAGACGCGUUCCACUCAGGCUUUCAAGCAUGUGCCAAAGAAGUCCUGCAGUAUCUGAACAAGGUGGAGAACUGGACGGCGCGUGAGCAGAGGUGCACGCGACUCAUCAACCACUUACACAAAGUUUCCGCGCAGUUCCAGUCGGGCGCAGGGAUCCUGCAGCAGCAGCAGCAGUUGCCAGGCGACGACGCUCCAGAGCGGGACACGCAGAGAGACACACAAGCCAACUGCGUCCCUGUCAUCCAGAGGACUCAGAACCUCGAGCUGAACGAGAACGACACGGACACUGACAGCGGAUACGGAGGGGAGGCGGAGAAAGGCGACGGCAAAUGCGAGAAAGGAUGCGACACAGCGAAAGGAGUUAAGAUCAAGCAGGAGUUCGGAGACGAACGCGUCACCAAAAAAGCCAAACUGAACUGGUCUGCGAACGGCGCAUCUGAUUCCGCCAACACCCGACCGGACGUGGCGCUUAUGAACUCUUUAAUGGGAAUGACGGGUGUUGGUGGACAACAGACUCCCUUUUGCAUGCCGUUUUACUUCAUAAACCCGUCCGCAGCUGCAUCGUACAUGCCUUUGUUUGAUAAAAGUCAUUUGGAGAAGUUGGUGUAUCCGGCGGCUGCGGCGCUGACCACGCCGUUCCCGUGGCUUUACCCCGGGAUUCCAACUCACGCCUCCACCGCAGCUGCGGCCGCCGCCGCCUUCGCUUUCCCCGGCGUGUGUGCCGAUAAAACCUCCGGAUUUGAUGCCGCGUCCUCAAAGGAUGACGAGCCGCUGUCUCCCGACGGCGACCUGUCCAGCGACGCCGACCUGGCCUCUCCUGUGUCUGGGGACCAUGGCUCAGAGAAUGAUGCCUGUCAGCAGUCCCAAAGAAAUGAAAACGAUGGUACAUAAAGCUGGUCCUUUUGACAGUUGAGUGCACACUAGUUUGCUUGUAAAAUUGCUAUUUAUCCGUUUAUCUUAAUUUAAUUGUCAUUGAGUAUUUAGUAUAGUGUUUCUAUGGAUUUCCAAGCAAAGGCUAUUCUUUUAUUGAAUUAUUAUUAGUAGGAUUCAAAAUUUCACAACAAACUGGCUUUAUCAGAAUGGGGAGAAUGGGGGACGUUGUAACAGCCAGUGCCUUUUGCACUGAUUCCUUGAGAUAUUUGAAUGAAAAUCCAAUUGACUGCAGCCACUUUUAUGUCCUAUGAAAAUGUGUGAAAUCUCAGACUUUGCUCUGGGGUUUUUGGGGGGUGGUUGGUGUAGUUGUCUGUUGUUAUUUUUUUAAUUUUUGAUAAAGAAAUGUAGUUUAGUGCAAUACAAAUGAAUCCUCUGUAAGCUAAAGAACGGCACUUAUCCUAGCUGAGUUUUUUUUUUGUGUGUGUGUGUGUGAAGAAGUCACAUAUUGGACUCUUGGAUGUAAUGUUUGAUACUGACCUCAAGCAGGCUGGUGUGACUGCUGCAGUAUUUGUCAGAUAUAACUUUCUAUUAUAGUAUGACUGGAUUCCAGUCCCUUUUCCGCUCUUUUUAAUGUUCAGUGCUUGAAAGAGUUACCUACAUACCUCAACAUAGCGUAGAGUUUGGGCCACGACUCAUUUCUUAGAGAUGCUCCUCUGGUAGGGGUGUUGGCGAAAUGUUUUGAGCGAUUUUAAUUGGACAAAUGGUGUGAGCAACAAUCCUCUGAUGUAAUGUUACAGCAGCCCCCGUCUCUCUCUCUCUCUCCCUCUCCCGAACAAUCGAAAAAUCAGCACUCCAGAUGAGAAUGGCGGGACCAAUCACCUGUCAAUCAUAACGGAGAGAGCUUUGCCAACAAUCUGACAUCAUUGUCCUGUGUCACCUCUAGCAAAAAUAUACAAGGUAUUAUAGCACCUUAUGGAACUUUGAUAUUGAAUGUAAUCUGUGUUCUUUUGGUAGAUAUAAAAGUUUGUACUGUAUAUAUUCUGAUAAAAGUAGUUAUUUAAUCCAGAGGUAAAGUGCACUUUUUCUUGCCUUCUCAGUUUCCUAUAACACAGUCCUCACUCUUCGUUUUUAAGCCAAUGCCCUUUGAACUCAAACUACGAUGUAUGUCUUUCUUAAGGAAAUCUUCUUAAAUACAAGGCAAGUGUUGGAAUAUAUGUUGAGCUAGCAUAAACAAACAAAUGUGAGCUGGCUCAUUUUAGGAAAGACAGUAAGGUAAGGUAAGAGAUAUGUGAUUAUAUCAAAUGUGUUUUGCCUUUUCUGAAACAUUGUCACUAUUCAUGACCUUGAAAAAGCUAAAUGGGUCAUGCUGUGUAUUGUACAAAUGUUGUGGAGCACUGUAACAUGACAUGAAUAAACAUGUAAACAGACCUUUUAGAUUGGAAAGAUCUUACAAAUCAGGAGAUCAUGGAAGGCUCUUGAGUUUUAUUGAAUGUGUUUAUUUUUCUAGGCCUGGGUUUAUUAAUGCAUAGGAACAGUGAUGUACCAGCUGCCAUUUAUUUCUGCAUUGUAACACAUUUCAUAGGCCCUAUAGUGUCUUUGCCUCAACUGUCAUUUGCCUAAACAGUGGCAUGUGGAUGUAUAUAGUUUGUGAAUAAUAUGCUGUAUGUUUAAUGUUCAUGUUGUAGAAGAAAUCUAUGGAUUUUUUUUAAAGGAUACACUGAGAGACUGCUGCACAUUUCCUUAAUGCUUUACACAUUUGCUGUUUGAAAUUAUGCAGCUCAGUUGUCAAAUAAAAAUAAGCUCAUGUAAACAAAA